CUUGCAACGUAAUAAGCUGUUUGUCAGAAAAUUCUGACACAACUUUCUCUCUCUUCCUUCUCUCUCACUUCACUUCUCCUUCCAACUUACAAUAGAAGUUAAUGGAGGCACUGCAGAAGCACUUCCGUGCCCAAAUCUCUUUUUAACACUUUUUUAUUCACACUGAAAAAGUAACAAAAGAACCUUUUUUCCUUCAUCAGACACAGACCCUCUAAAGAAAAAAAGGAAAAAAAGCUCUCAUGUGAAUGUGACUAUGGAAGCCAAGCCUCUUCGGAUUGUUCCCUCUUCACACAACACUUCCGGAGGUGGACCCCAGAAGAAGAUUGACAUGGGACACGCGAUGGAAGAUGGGGGUGUUGUUCAUCAGAGAAAGAGGGUUGUUAUGGUCAAAGAGGAGAAAGAGAACUCUUGUUGUUCCACUGUUGGACUUCUCCUCGGGGUUGAUGCUCAUUCUGCACCACAACCACAAGUGAUCACAGAAGCUCAGAGGCGUGAGCUUCACCAUCAAGUUUUCAUCUUCAACCAUUUGGCCUAUAAACCUUCUCCUCCUCAUCACCUUGUUCAAUUCCCGUCCAAUAUGCCAGAAUACAGUUUCCUGGGUUAUGAUCAUGGGAACAUGCUGGAUCAAGAACCUCAUAGGUGUAGGAGAACUGAUGGAAAGAAAUGGAGGUGUGGUAAGAACGUGGUGCCUGGUCAGAAGUACUGUGAAAGGCACAUGCAUAGAGGUCGAAACCGUUCAAGAAAGCCUGUGGAAACAUCUCAAGCUAACUCUUGUUUGACAACAAAGCCUUCUAACAAGUCACAUACCAUUAACAAACCAGCCUCAAGGACACAAUUCCAAAUUUCAAAUCCAAAACGUAAGGCCAUUCAACCUUAUGACACGCCUUCAAGUGCCACACCAAGGAGCCUCCGUGUUGCCAAUUGCUCUUCUGCUAAUAAUAGGUCGAAAAACAUUGUACGUUAUGCUGAGUACCUCACGCCGAUUUCUUCAGCAUCUAUGGCAUGCUCUGGCUCCACUCUUGCCACUGCAGUUGCUCCUAAGGUGGUGGCCACUUUCAGCACAGUGGCAGUGGCGGCCGUUGCUUCAGAUAACAAAAGUUGCUUGAAGAUAUGCCAGAAAGAUGACCAAUCCAAGAGCUGUAUCAGCAACAACAUCAGUGUUAGAAGUGGUGGGAAAGGAAGCAUUGUUGGUGAUACUAAUGGCAUCUCUACUGGAAUAGGCUUCUCCCCAAGGAGUGUUCUUCAAGCUUGCAAUCCUUCAUACCUCAAUGACAGAACCAACAUGGAGCCUGCACCCGGUAGGUGCCGGAGAACGGACGGAAAGAAGUGGCAGUGCAAGAGUGCUGUUCUUCCUGGUCAGAAGUACUGUGCCACACACAUGCACAGAGGUGCUAAAAAGCGGUUUGCAAACGUUAAACCAGCCGCCACCACCACUUGUUCCGGUGUUACCAUUGCACGGUUGCCUCACUCUUCAGCCACAACCAACGUGCAGAAAGCGCAUUGUGCAAUUCCAAAUACAAAUCUCUCCAUGUCAGUCCCAGCAAGUGCACCAUUCAGACAAUGUAUUGAGAAAAGUCCCAGUAGCAGUGACACUGAUACCACCAUCAGUGACACCUUGAAUGAGUGUAGCUAUGCUUCUUUCUAAGAAGCUGUUUUUUUUACCUUCUCGAAACCUUCAUGUUUACAUGAACAAGUAACUUGUUAACAUUUUGAGAUCAGUUAUGUGUGAAGUGAACAAUGAUCUCCAUGAAGAAAAAGAUGAACCAUGCGUUUUUUUUUUUUUUAAAUCAUGUUGUGAUUUCUGACAUUAUUAAAUGUGAUAGAUACUCAUGAGAUUUUCACAUCACAAAUUAUGUGAA